AUGGAGUAUCUCUGUUUGCUGAUGUCCGGCGUCGGGGUUGGGGGGGGGGGGGGUUCGGAGGGAAUCUUCCUCAGUUGUGAUCCUGAGAAUUUCCUCUCUCCCUGGGAAAUGGGCAGACUUUGCAGGAAUUCGGACUGAAUCUCUCUCGUGAGUUUCGGGGAUCAUUCUCUCGUGGCCUCUGUCGCCGGUUCUUCAUCUUCAUCUUGUUGUUGUUGUUGUUGUUCUUCUUCUUCUUCUUCUUCUGUUCUUCUUCUGGGGUUCGGCCGAGAGGGAGGAGGAUCAGGGAGGUCUCCCCGUUUUGUUGAUGGUGCUUUAAUGGAAGCGGAGGUGGUGUCGAGGGGAACGAGAGUGCAGAUCCAGUGAUGGGCCUGGAGGUUCUGGAGAGGUUCAGGGUAUCGUGGACGAUAACCCGGGUUUCGGAUCGUUUCCACCCUGUUGCUGUGGCGGUUCAGGUACCGUUCAUCUCAUUUUCUUUGGCAUUCUGCAUAUUUAUACUCCUCUCAUGUAGGAGCUGGGCAAUGAAGCUCGAUGCCUGUAAAUGUUGGUCUCUGGGUCCCCGGCCCCACUUCUCUCCUUGUUCAGAGCCUUUGAGAGAUCGUCUUUUGGGCGGUGAAUUUGCUUCCACGGAAAGUAUCGAUCUACUUCAACGAAUCUGACUUUUUGUCCACGUCUCGAGCAGGUCACUACGGGGCCUCAAUAGUCUCUGAACUGUGCCCACCCAGUUGCUGUCUGAACGAUUGAUUUGUCUCUUAGACCCUUACACCCUUGUCUGUGACUCCGUCUGCCCUUUUAUCCACGAUAUUUCGGUUUUUCUUUUCAUGCAAGGGUAGUGACUUCUACAAUGUUUCUGCUUGCUUCAUCAUUUUCUCCCUCCUACUAUUCUUCUUCAUCAUGUUUCUGCUUGCUUCAUCUUUUCAUGCAAGUGUAGUGACUUCUACAGCAUAAGUAUUCCCUUCUUUUGGUUCCAUUGAGAUCACUCCUCAUGGAUGGCGGUGGAAGGAUUUGCCUGGUGGGGAUGGUGAUGUCUGUAUUUUUGUACUUAAUUAUAUAUAUAUAUAAAUAUAUCUUGAUGAAUUUUCAAGUUGGGAUUGAGUGUUGCGUUUCAUUGUUUCUCUUAGAUUUCUUUUCUGCUUCUCUCGAUUGAAUUGUCCGACGCUGCAACUGAAGGAAGAUGGGUUCUCCGUCAAGGUGAUACUGGGCACAGUGAGAUUCCUGUGUUCUCGCACUCUUGUAUCCACGAUGAGAUUCUUCAGAAGAGACGAAAUCCUGGUCGCAAGGAGUAUUCCGUUAGUCCACAAGUUUACAGCAGAUCUGAUCUGCUGAGUUCAAAUCAUCACAAGGCCCGACGAGCGUUGCUUGAGGUUUCUUUGCCAGAAGAUUUUGAGAAGAAUUCGAGACAACCCAUCAGAAUAUUUCUAAAUUAUGAUUCGCUUGGCCAUUCUCAGGACAGAGAUUGCCGAGAUGCUGGGGAUAUUGUGAAGGUGAGUGAAAGAAGUAAUGACUUAUUGCACUAUAAUGCAUUGGGAUUGGAUCAAACCUCCCUCAACUUCAAUUCCUGGAUCCCCUGCAUGCAACCCUCUUGCUGAUCGUCCAAUAUUUGGAGACUGUUGGUAUAACUGUUCAUCGGAUGACAUAUCAGUGGCUGAAAAGAAACUUCGGCUUCAAAGGGUAAUUGUUCCGAACCUUUGGUUUUAUAUAACAAUUUUGCUCUGUGUAAAAUCUUUCGUGGAGAAUUGCCAAGAAAAAAUAAAUCUGACGCUUCAUUAAAUGUUUGGGUUUUAAAAUCCACGGUUUUCAAAUCCAUUGAGUGUCAACUGAUGAAACAUUGCACUAUAAAAAUUUAUCUGGGUAGCAUGGAGUCCUGGUCUAGAAAGGUAACAGGACAGUGCACUUGAUUAUGUUGCCCUUUGACUUGCGUAAUGCAUAUCAUAGUAUCUUCACGAAACUCUUUCUGAUCUGAAAAUGGGAGAGGUAGAUUUGUCUCUACAAGCCCAUGUAUACUACUUUGAAUAUUCAUGUUUAGUGUUAGGCUCACUGGGCUUGGAAAGGACCAACCACCUGUAGUCAUAAGAUGAUAUUCUUAGUGAAACAGGCUGAUUUGUUCUCCAAUUUGCUUAUAUAAUUUUCAAUACUGAAAAUUUCGUACGAUCUCUUGCUUCAAAUCCAUAUGUAUGUUGUGGAGUUCCCCUUCUCGAGCACAAGGUACCUCAAUGACUGGAACUCAUCAGCUCUUGCCAGCCACACAGAGAGAGAGAGAGAGAGAGACUUUGUUAAAAUCUCCCAUGCUUUAGGUCCUUGAUUUCGCUUACAUUCAGAUCAUGAAUGAUGUCAUGACAACUCGAGAACGGCUGUUGUAAAAGGAGAUGGUAUUAUCAAAAAUUUAUGCCAAGUUAAUCUGUAUUACAAUUUCUGCAUUGGAGCCUUAAGACAACCUAAGGCCAUUUUCUUGAGCUCAAACUGCUCAUAACAACUUCAAUGGUUCAUUCUCUCUGGUAAUGAUAAACUAAAAAUAGAAAUGUGAUUCACCUGCAAUCUUAAUUAAUAGAAAAUUCAGAAAUAUUCACGUUCUUUAAAAAAAGAAUGCUCUUUCACCUUCCAAUUAAUUAAUGGUGUUAAUCAGUACCUAUCUUAGAACUGAUGAUGAUUUUUCCAAUGUUUUUGCUUUUAUUACUAUUAUAAUAGGCAUUGGAGAGAACAGCAGACUGGUUUAAGCGAACUUUAUCUGUGGAGCCUGUCAAGGGGAACUUACGUUUAAGUGGAUACUCUGCAUGUGGUCAGGAUGGUGGGGUGCAACUUCCUCGUGAAUAUGUGGAAGGUACUUCUCUCUAUUUCUAUGUCAUUUUUAUACGAAGACAAGGUACAUAACCUCUUUUCAUUUUUCUCACAGAUGGUGUUUCUGAUGCUGACCUGGUCCUCUUAGUAACCACUAGACCAACUACGGGUAACACGCUUGCAUGGGCCGUAGCCUGCGAAUGUGAUCAAUGGGGUAGGGCGAUUGCAGGUAGUGGAAUAUUUUGUCCAGAAAUAUUGUUUAUUUGGGUUUUCAUGCUGAAUGGUAAUAUUCCAUAUAAGAUUGGUGUAUAACCGUUAUCAGGUCAUGUUAAUGUUGCUCCUCGUCAUUUGACUGCUGAAGCAGAGUCUUUACUCUCAGCCACUCUUAUACACGAGGUUAAUAUUCUUUUCAAAGAAAACUUGAUAAAUCAAAACUUCAGCAUAUUUAUUACUGAGCUAUUUUUAUCCGCAGGUCAUGCAUGUUCUUGGUUUUGACCCUCAUGCCUUUGCUCAUUUCCGAGAUGAAAGGAAGAGAAGACGCAACCAGGUAGCUAAUUAUGUAAGAAUAUAGAUAUAUAUAUAUAUAUAUAUAUUUAUUCUUACAUCAACACGUUGAUGAGAUGGAUCCAAGAAACAGCUAAGAAAGAUUUUUUCCCGGAGAAAAUAGAGAAAAGCAUUUAGGGCCACCAUACGAUUCUUGAAUGCUAAACAAAUGUGAUAAAAAAGACUUUGGCACCGCUAGAAAGCAACGUUAAGUACUGGAGUAUUGAUUGACAUAUAAUUAUUCAAGGCACGAAUAUGGUGCUGCUUUCGAUCAAGUUGAGCAUUUUAUUCAUGCUGUCUUGUUUGCGAGUAAUUCUCUCUUGACAAGUACGAUAGCUAUCUUGAAAGCAUUAGCAUUGCUAUGGUCAUCUGUCCCGUUCCAGGAUUCUCUUUUCUAUAUUUUUUUUUUUUUUUUUUUCAUAAGAAUGGAGAAUACCUCUGAGAUUUCCUCCAGCUUCAUUCCCAAACUCUCCUAUAUUUAUGGCAUUGAGAGUUGAUGCCUGUUUGCAUUGGCUUAAGAUGUGAAAUACUGUCAAAUUUCUACAGGCAGUCCCCGCCUAAAUACUUGAUUUUUACGAUCUUGAGCAAACGGCUAGGACAUCAUGACCAUAACCUGUCUCAUGAAUAUGGGAUCAUCUAGAUUAAUAAGAGUUCAUACAUUUUCCUUGCAUUGGCUUCAGGGUUUGUCAUUCAUCUUGCAAGGUUGUAUUAAAGGUUCAGCAGAAACUAGUUGGCCAGUAGAAAUGGCGUUUUUGAUUGCUCAAGCGACUAAACUUCGACCAUUAAAGCCUGCCCUAUCUUUUGCAUUGAUAUUAAAUGUCAGGGGCAUGAUUUGAAUGGGGUUAGGCGACAUUCAUGCAGAUAAAUACCGUUAGCAAUAGUGAAUAGAAACAUGAUUCCUUACUCUCUGAGUACUAGAAGUGGAAUUUGUCUAGGGUUUGUGGGACAGUUGAUACUUUCAAGCAUCUGUGAUGAUAAAAGCUGAUAAUGUUUACCUGGAUGAUUAGUGAUUUUGAGCACGAGUUCUGCUUUUCUGUGAGAAAUAAUGAAUUCCAUAUUCAGGUCAUUGUUCAAGCCAUGGAUGAAAAGCUGGGACGUAUGGUUACACGGAUAGUCCUCCCCCGUGUUGUCAUGCACUCAAGGCUUCACUACGGAGAAAGUUGAAUUUUCCCUCAGUCUCAUAGAUUGGGCAUCACCAGUGAUUCCUAACAGGAAAGCUGGUGCCGAAUUGAAAUUGCCAUUGACAGUGUUUCUCUGUGGGCAGGCAUUCUCUGCGAACUUCACUGGCUUAGAGCUGGAAGAUGGGGGGCGUGGCACAUCGGGUAUUCAAUUUUGCACACCAGGCUAUGCAUCAAGAAGAAGGAAUCUAUAUCAUCAAAAAAACCAUUAAUACUCCUGCUUUUCAUGUUCUUGUGGUAGGAUCUCAUUGGGAGAAGCGGCUUCUGAUGAAUGAAAUCAUGACGAGCUCAGUGGACGCUCGAUCAGUGGUGUGUCGAAAAUGACUCUGGCAUUGCUGGAAGAUAGCGGAUGGUAUAAGGUUAACUAUAGCAUGGUGGACCGCCUUGAUUGGGUCGCAAACAGGGAAUAGAAUUUGUCACCUCUCCAUGCAAUCAGUGGAAGGGGGCAUACCAUUGCAACACCACCAAGUUUUCUGGCUGUACAUAUAAUAGAGAAGCUGAGGGUUACUGCCCUAUCGUAAGUUAUACUGGGGAUCUGCCUCAAUGGGCUCAGUAUCUCCCACAGGCCAACAAAGGUCUGUUCCCUGUGAUUUUUUAAUAGUGCUUGGAGGAUCCUGUUGGGUUCUGUCAGCUUACUUUUUCUUCAGCUUUUCAUAAGUAAUUAGUUUUAUUAUUGAUCUUGCGCAUCUGAAACCAACCCUGAAGGAAUUCUAUAGUGUGAUCCAUCUAAACGUGUUAAAUGGGAGUCAUGUCUUCUUUCCCGGCCAUGUGAUAAGAUUUUUUUAUUUUUAUUUUUUUUGCCAUCCAUUAAUAUUUUUUGUGUAAAUUAACGUGGGUUUUGCUUUAUUUCUUCAUUUUCAAUUGGUGCUGAUGUUGCAUCCCUUUGAUGGCGACUUGCCGAUUCAAUCGUGGAAACAAUCAGUUUAUAUGUUCGUUUAAUUGAAAUUGACGCCUUUUUGAACCAGGAAAUCAUUUUGAGCGUUUCAAGAUCUUGAAGAAAUCCCUCUUGCUUUAUUUAUAAUCUCCCAUUCUUCAUAGUUCAGCAUGGGCAGCUGUUCUUCUGUUCCUCAAGUUUCCAGUCGUUUCCAUUUAUUUCUUGAAACUCAUGAUCUACAUGUUUCUUACCCAUCACAUGCUGGUUAGUGCAUGGAAGUUUUAGCAUGUUUCUACAGGUUUAUUAUGUAAACUUAGCGCGCAAAUCUUAUCAACGACCUCACCAUCGCCCAAUAGCUGCUUACUUCCAUCCUCGUCUGUCUCAGGUGGCCAAUCGUCCUUAGCCGAUUAUUGCGCGUACUUUGUGGCAUAUUCCGACGGCUCAUGUACUGAUGUAAAUCCUGCGCGAGCACCAGACAUGAUGUUGGGUGAAGUGCGAGGAAGCAGCUCUCGGUGAGAGUCAAGUAAUGCUCCCAGCGAAUGAGGAAAGCGCGGAGUAAUCUCUUCUUUUAUAUGCUCCCAUUCUGUGCAGGUGCAUGGCUUCAUCUCUGGUGCGUUCUGGGUUUGCUCGAGGAUCCAUGACUCAAGGGAAUGGCUGCUAUCAGCACAGAUGCGCCCGCAACGUCUUAGAGGUACCAAGCUGCAGUCUCCAUUUCUAGCAAUGCAUCGCUAUGCUUGGACUGAGACUUCAAGAACAGGCAAAUAAUCCUAAACCCAUCAAGGAAAUCAUUGCCUGAUGCCUGGAAAAUACGGAAAAUAUGCGUUCUGUUCUGGGUUUAUAGUUCAUAUCCAUUUCAGGAAAAAAUGCAAAUGUGGCAUGGUAUGUUUAUUUUUGCUUCGAUAUGACAUGAUUUCGAGCUGCUUUGAGUAGCUUACAGUUCAAGGUUUUUCUAGAAAUGACCAAAUAUUCUGCUGAUAUAUUCUGCUCAUUAUAGCUCAAUAUUCAUAUUCAUCGAGAAAUUACCAAAGAGAUGUACCAUGGUAUGUUUAUCGUGCGGGAUUAUUGGAAUGGCUGGUGAUCAUCAGACACCCAUAUUGAAACACUGAUGCUGAUGCCCGAUGAUCUUUGAUGCAUUGUGCUGAUCAGGUUGCUAUGGACGGUAUCUGGAAGGCUUGCCCUGAAGCGGGGGGCCCAAUCCAAUUCCCUGGUUUCCACGGUGACCUCCAUCUCAUGCGCCUUGUGCAAUCUAUGAGCAUAGCCACCGCCGGUUCUUCGUUCUGAUGAUAAAGUUGCCAUUUUUUUUCCCCCAUUUAUGGUGCAGGGGAGCUCAUAUGCCCGGCCUACCAUGAACUAUGUGACACACUGCCAGUGACUCCUCCACGCGGGCACUGCCCCAACUCGUGUGGCUUCAACGUAGACUGCCUUGAGGGGGGAGCUCCGGCUGCUUCCUAGGGUUUUACGGGCACGACUGCAGCCAACGUGAGUCUCACUAGAAUCUAUUACCACAGAGUUUUACCUUCUUUUUUUUUAGCUAGUAUUCUCUAAUUUGAGAAAGUCGUAUUCUUUGGCUGUGACCCAUUUCUCAGAGAGUGGGAAAAUCACCAGACUAGGCAUCUGGGUUCCCCGUUCGGGCUCCCCUCUGGCUGAUAACCAUACUCGUCUGUGCCUCCCAGGUGCUUGCCCAGGCAACUGCAGCGGUCAUGGCGUCUGCCGCCCAGAUGGGAUAUGCGAGUGCGUGCACGGCCGAACAGGAGUUGAUUGCUCCACCGGUACCCCCCAAAACCUCGUAAACUCUGGAAAUUUGUUCUUCAAAAUAUUAAAAAAAGGGUAAAAUUAACCGAAAUGAAUUAUCGAUUUUAUUAAAAAUGCAGCCAUAUGCGACGAGCAGUGCAGCCUGCAUGGUGGGUUCUGCGACGACGGCGUGUGCGAGUUCCGGUGCUCCGACUAUGCCGGGUACUCAUGCCAGACCGGCUCGUCUCUUCUAUCCAGCUUGUCGGCGUGCCAGGAGGUGCUCAUGGGGGAUGCAGCAGGGCAGUACUGCGCCCCAAGUGACCCAAGCAUCCUGCGGCAGCUGGAGGCGGCGGUCGUCGUGCCAAACUAUGGCCAGCUGCUUCUCGUGGGCCGCUCCCUGUUUGACUUCCUCGAGCUGAGCUACUGCGCUGCGGCAGCCAGGCAGCUGGCCUGCUGGGUAUGUUCUCCUCUGAUCCCUUCCUAAUAUAUAUCUAUAUAUAUAUACGCAAGUAUCUGGGUUGGGCUUAUUUUCCUUUUUAGGUAUGAUUUUGGGUUUUGGGGGCUCAUUGAGUGAGGCCUUAGAAGUAAACCGUUGCUAUUUUGUGACCAAUAGGAGUAGGUAGGUAGUUUGUCGUUGUUGACUUCUUAGAAACCGGUUUUGGCAGGGUUUGUUUUUCCUUUUUUUCAGGUAUCAUUUUGGGUUUUGGGGCACGUCAGCACCUUGGAAGUCAAACGUCGCUACGGUGUGAACAUUAGACAUUAGACAGUGGACUGGUCAUUAUCUCUCUUUGACAUUGCUCUUGUAGGCGUUGACUUUGGUGCCUGAAAUCAGCUGGAACCUGCUGAGAAGACCAUAUUGGUGGCGUUUAUAAUCCUUUCCGACAAUGAAUUCCAAGAAUUUUUUUGUGGUUGCGCGUCAGAUUGCUUGACCAUUUUUUGGGCACUUACGUAAUGCUUUCCCAAAAUGCAUUCAUAUUGAGAACAAUCUCCGCCAGUCAACUCUUCCCCAUCUAAGCCACUUUGGCGAGGAUUCUUACCCAUUCUAUUCGUUAAUAUCUUGACUUUAUCGGAUUUCCUCGCUAGUUCAUUUCUACUACUUCCCUCCAAUAGUCAGCCAAGGUGACUAUCCCUUUCACGCUGAGAUUAGUCAAUCAGUUGACCCUUGGUAUUGGGGUUCUGACCACCUUCCAUUUCAUUUCCAUUUCCGUGUAUUGACUUCUUGAAAUAGUCUCCUGCCACAUCUCUAUAAUCCAACGGCCACUCCUGAAACAGUAGUCAGCCACGUUGACUUUCCUUCUCGUCGGAGACGAGUCGCCUGAUCUUACCAGAAACUGGUGCCACUUGUCUCUCAGAUAUCGAUCCAACGGUGCGACAUGGACGGAGACAACAGGCUUCGGGUGUGCCGCUCGGUCUCCGGGGACUACAACGCCGCCUGCGGCGCCUCCCUCGACUGCUCCGACGAGACCCUCUUCACCGGCGAGGAGGACGGCGGCGAGCAGCCGCGGUGCACGGGCUACGGCGAGGCCCCGCGGGGGUGGCUCCGGAGUAUCCGGAGGAUCUACGCACAGUAG